UCCUCACGCGCAUGGAAGACGCCGUAACGGAAGGAUACGGUGACGUUUUAUUGUAAGCGCCCACCUUUCAUUUGAAGAAAUAAAGCGCUAUUGUCACUCUCAAUGAUGAAGCCUGUUCGCUAAAAACCCAGUAGUCAGAUCACACACUGUCACGAAUAUUAACGUGAUAUGCGUUUACCAAAAUCUUUUUUUUUUACACUUGGAUUUGGCUUAUCAUUCAUAUCGAUCUCAUACGGGUAGGCUAUGUUAUUUCUCUAUCGUACUGUCUAAGGCUUAUCAUACACUGAUUAGACAUCAUUAUUUGUAGACGUUCACAUAUUUUAAUUCCCAGCGCUCGAGAAAUAUUGCAUUUAACCCGUAAUGUUCGUCUAUUGGCUAGUGAAAUGAAUUAAGCUGAGUGAUGUGGCGUGAGACAAGCGCCUGAAUGUUGCCGUCAGCUACCGUCGCUCCAUCACUGUGUUGUUAUUCUGAUCUGUGCUGUAAAAACGAAAUCAUGCCGUUUUAUAUGUGAAAUAUGCCUUUAAAUAUUCUCAAAAGGUAGCUUAGACAACUAGCUAUUGCAAAUGUAACCAAAUAUGCAAUCCUUUCCUCGAUAUAUUAUACUCGGGAAAGAUCACCGUUCAGUGUUUUUUCAGAAUAUUUCACGUUUUCGAUAAUUUGGAGAAACCGUAGAAAACUCGCGUGUUAAUCAUGAUGGAUACGACAUCAUAACGCUCAACCUCUAUUCACCAAUAACGUGCGCGCGGAUAGCCGAAGAAUUAUAGGGCGCCUCGGAUAUGAAUGAUGAUGGAGGCGAAAAACGCGGAGAGCUGGUUUCCUCUGUCAGAAAACGGAAACACAAGUUUAAACGUCUCGAACCUGGGUUUCCCAAACGCGUCGUCUCCGGUGGGUCUGUGGGGUGAUGCUCAGGAUAAAGAGGUGACCCGACUGGAGGAGAUCCUAUACGUGCAGGAAAGAGCCUACAAAGAUUUCACCACCACCAUUCAAGUUUUCAUCCUCAUCGGCUCCCUUUUGGGCAAUACUGCAGUGCUAUGGUGCACUUGUUACACCAACGUCUUCAAGUCUGUCACAAAUCUCUUCAUCAAGAACCUGGCGUUUUCUGGCAUUUGUGCUGGGUUGGUGUGUGUACCCUUUGACAUAGCCCUGAAUGCCAGCCCCUUCUGCUGCCUCUGGGUUCACACACUCCUGCUUUGCAAAACCAUCAAGUUCCUACACAGGCUUUUCUGCUCCGCCACUGUGCUAAGCUUCGCUGUCAUUGCCCUGGACAGGUACUACUCAGUGUUGUAUCCGUUGGAGAGAAAGAUAUCAGAUGCCAAAUCCAGAGACCUGGUCAUCUACAUCUGGGUGCAUGCCGUGGUGGCCAGUGUCCCUGUUUUCGCCGUAAGCAAUGUGACGGAUGUCUACGCCACCUUAUCUUGUUCUGACGGCCAAUCGUUUGGACAUCUGGUUUACAUGGUCACAUACAGCAUCACCACGCUUAUUUUACCACUAGCAGUGGUGUUUCUAGCCAUGGCACUAAUCCGCCGUGCACUGAGCAGCAGCCAGAAGAAGAAAGUGAUCAUUGCAGCGCUGCGCACCCCUCAGAACAGCAUUUCCAUUCCGUAUGUGUCUCAGCGCGAGUCUGAACUUCAUGCCACUCUGUUGUCCAUCGUUCUAGUCUUUGCACUCUGCAGCACACCCUAUGCCGCUCUGGUGAUAUACCGCGCAGUGCUGGGGGCUGCAAAAGCCUCGUCUUGGUUGCAACUGACAGCCGUGUGGCUGCCAAAGGUCUCUCUCCUCACCAACCCACUGUUUCUCCUCACAGUAAACCGCUCAGUGCGACGUUGCCUUCUCGAUAUGCUAGCACGGUUGCACCGACGCUAUAGCCGAAGAAACAUGGUCAGCAUUGGAGGUCUGGCUGAGGUAGGGCCACUAGGGGGCGAGACUGUGGUUCGCUCUGGUAGUCAACUCUUGGAGAUGUUCAAUAUCGGCCAACAGCAGAUCUUCAGACCGAAUGAGGAAGAAGAAGAUGAGAAUGAAAUUUCAUCUGUGGCUUCCGCCAACUUCCAACCCAAAGAUGAGGCACAGGGUGGAAAUGGAAUGCUCGCAGGAGAGCUGCGUCAGCUACAGUCAGGGGACGGGGUUAAAGAAGAGGUCUUAGUGUUACCAAAACAUUCCCCUAUUCAGUCAUGUGCCUACUCCUCUUCGCAGGUUGCCCCCGCGACUCCCACGGAUCCCGAGGAUGCGACGCAGUUUGGUUUCGGGCCGUUUGAGCUGCCUCCUCAAUGGCUGCCUGAAACCAGGAACAGUAAGAAAAGACUCCUUCCUCCGUUGGGUAACACACCAGAGGAGCUGAUCCAGACCAAGCAGCCUAGAGUUCGGCCCGAGAGACGCAUCAGUAGAAACAAUAAAGUUAGUACCUUCCCUAAUGUGGACCCCUAAAACACAGUGCCAUGGACCAAAUCAUUAAAAGCCAAGAAAAAACACUGUCUAUUUUAUAUCUAAAGUUAUUUUGGGAUCAUUUUCUAUGUGAGUACAGAACAAUUAAAGAGAGGAGAUACGUUUACAUUAUGAAGUAGGAGUUUUCAUGCUCUCUUGCUGUCUGUUUGGGCGAUUUAAUAGACAUUCGUUCGUCUCCAUGAACUGACAGAACCGGAAAAUGAUCUUUCACAGGAAAUGCAAGAAACACCAUAUGGUAGGCAUGGAUUGUUUGACAUUUGUUUUGUUGGAAUGGUGAAUAAAAUUAAUAACAAUCAUUUUUAUGUAGAUAUGUCCAUGCUGUGUUGAAUGACUAAUGUGUCCUGCUCAACUUGUUGAAGCAUCACCCCACUGCCCACAUUUUAUUUAGCAACAUAAUCUAUUUCAAAUAGAGUCUACUCACAAUUAAAGCAUAUAAAUUAACUUUUAUGUGCACUACCAUUACAAUGCUAUUAAAAUGCUGCCAUGACCACAUGCUGGUAAUGGAAAACCAAUGUGGGUUUAAUGCACAAACUCCCAAUAAACAUGAGAAAGAUGAUUUCUAUUGAGAAAAAAUGGCAAAGAAACUUUUAAUUCCAUGCACUGAAGAGUUCAGAUUAUAUUACAUUUAAGAACAAAUCACAGCCCUUGUCUGUGGUCAGCUAUUAUCAAGAUUUGCACAUGUAGAUGAUAUUCUAAUCCGAAACUAUGAAUUAUUUAAUCAGUUUGUCUGCAGGAAUAUGGCUUUCCUGUUUGAGAACAGGAGAGUAUGGGGUGAAACACAAUGAGAAGACAUCCUCUGCUUUCUCUGAGGUCUGUUGACAGUAAAGUGUUGUUUGGAACAAUAUAGAUUAAUCAUACUGCAUAUGCAGAAGCAUUGUGACUCACAGGCUUUCAUUUAAUUAUACCUUUUCUUCAAAAGCCAGGCCAUUCUCAGGCUAAUUACAUGUGUAUUUGUAUUUCUUACAUAAUCAGUUAUUUGAAAGAAAUCCUUUCUCUUCCAAUAGUAUAUAAGUAUAUAAAUAAACAUCCAUCAUUUAAAGACUCAAAUUCAAGCAAAACAAUGCAUAAAGGAACAUUGUUUUGACACUGAAAUGUUCAGAAAAUCUCUAAAGGCUAUUUCUUGGCAGUGGUUCAUUAAAUCUGUGUGACCAGUUCCUCAUUCAUUGACCCGUAUUUUUUUUAAAGCAUGGCUCAUUAAACGCAUUUCAUAAAAAAAGAAACAUUGUUUCUCUGAGUUAAUCGCUUUUUAUCGCAAAGGAAAAGCUAAAGAUUAGGCACUUGCAUGUGACUGGGAUGAAAUUUAAAAUGAAAAAGGGCAACGUGUUUCCCCCCAUAUGCCAGUUUUAAUGUCAUUAAUUAAAAUGUCUUGAUGUAUUUCGAAGAUUUAAUGUGUUAUCCAAAUCCAGUUACCCGCUAGCUUGGAUUUCUAAUAUAGCUAGCUACACCACAACGGAUAUGUGAAAAUAACAUAAUAGUGAAUGUAUAAAAGGUGAAGUGAAAGUGUUGUUUUGAAAUACAGUGAUUGUCAUCCAUUUACUUGGCACUUUUAAAACAUUU